AUGUCUUGGCCACGCUACAUUGCUAAGGCUACGUCAGACAGAGACAGAGAGGAAAUACUGAACGACCGAUUCAGUAUCCCAGGAGAGUUUCGUCCCGAUCACCGGGAUGUGGCAGUACUUCGUCUUACUAGCGAGCAUUCGGACCCGCAGAAUCAAUCAAAACUUGAGCUGAUGACUCUGGACUCCUCCCAGGCUUCGGAAUUUCAUGCUCUACUCAAGCUUGAGGACGUGUCUCAAUUCGUAUUCUUUUUCCAACCAAACUCUUUCCAACGACUGGACAUCACGAAAGAUGAGUUUCAAAAAUAUGAUGAUGCCAUGCAUCCUUUCGAACCACUAUCGCGGCUCCUGAAUUCCUUCGGUCAUACGAACUUUGACAACGAAUUCCAACACCCUAAGCUUGCUUCAGAAGGCCACAAAGCCGCUGUGACCGAUUUCACAGAUUACUUUAGAAACUGCGGAUUUUAUCCUGAUUUGAAGGGUCGCCAAACGCUCCUGAGAUAUGAAGAGCAGAUGACUGAAGCCCAAGUCGUUCUUUCUGGGUUAUUGAAUACUGUGCAAGAAAUCACGAGAUUGUUCAUCGAAUCUAACUCUGACCCUUGCAAGGCCCUACUAGAAGAUUUCCACCAGGCUGAGGCAGAAAUAAAAUUACAGCUGGACAGGUCGGUGCUAUUAAGACAAAAUCUCUCAAGUGUUAUUGCAUUGUUUGACCAGUUUAUGGCUUACGAAAUGGCGUGGAAUAUGCGAGACGCAACGAACGAAGCGCGUGAGGAAAGUAAAUCCAUGCGCUUUCUCACGGUAAAAGUCCCAGCUUGUUUAGACGUAACGACAGGGUGUAAUCUGCCCCAGGAGAGAAGCAUGCUCGACGCGUCGGCCAUGAAAGCCUUGACUGUCAUUAGCUUGAUAUAUCUUCCGACUACAAUUGUCGCGAACUUCUUUUCAACAAGUUUUGUACAGACGAGCGAGAACGGACAUAUGCAAGUCACAUCAAAUGCUUGGAUCCUUGCUGCGAUAAGCGCACCUUUGACAGCAGCAACUAUCGCUUUGUGGGCGGCCUGGGUAAAAUUCACUCAAAACACUGAAAGGGAAGGGGACCAAAAUGAAGACAACAGUCUUUAUGUCUCGCAUGAGACCGGUCAUGCCUAG